AUAUUAUUUCGGCUUUCUAUUGUUUUUGAAGGAUCGAGAUUAGGUUAUAAAUUUGUGGAUUUGAUUUUCAUAGUCAGAGGUUGCUGUUGCUGUGAGAAGUGAUUUCCUAUUCUGAUUUUGCAUAUAUGAUUUUGAAGGGAAAAACUAAAUGCUUGGGAUAGACUAUGAGAAUGUGUUGAAAAGGAGAUUAUCUCUGUUAUGCCAAAGGUGUUAAGGCUGCAGUAGAUUGCUUUAAUUUGCUCUUUCAGUGAAACAAAAAUCUGUUUAUAGGAAAAGUGAAAACAUAUAGUAGAAAAUGCUAAACUGACUUUCAGUUUUUAGAGAAUAAGAAACCAAAAGAUGUAUUUUUUUUUUUUUUGAAGUGGGUAUUUAUGAAAUCUUAAAAAAGAGUACUUAGGUCACAUUUAGUUUGCUUUUAAAUUGCAAAGGGAAUGCCCUAGAAUAUGAUUCCAUCUUUGUUAGGCAUAAGAGGGCCUAAAUUCGAUAUAAUAUUAUGUAUUUGACUCACUGCAAUUUAGAUGAAAAUAACAUAUGUUUUUAAAUAUAGUUCUUAAGACUAACAUUAAAUUAUAUUUGAUCGUCUAAAAAAGUAAACUUGGAGUGAGAAUUUUAAAUAAGAGAUAUCCUAUAUAUAUACAUUUUUUUUUUUCUAUUGCAAAAGUGAACCAAUCAUGCUAUUAGAGUGCAGACAGCAGAGUGGAUAAUCAAAUUUUGCUUAUUUGUAUUUUAAUCACAUGUCUCACCCAUAAUUUCCAUAUGAUGCGAUUGCAAUUUUAAAUUUAGCUGCAAAGUACUGGAAUUUAAUUCUUUUAUUUUCGUUUCAUUUCUUUUCUUUUCAAUUUACUUAAACUUUUGGAGGAUCAAGCUUCUCUUUUAAUUUUUCAGUUGGAUUUUCUAUGUUCUGGUGUUUGAAUUCCAUUUAGUGGCUAAAUUUUAAAGCAACAUGAAAUUUUCACCUUGAUUGUGGCCUGACUCGUGGAUUUAUUGAUAUGCUUUUCUGAUGUAUUGUAUGUUUGUUUAUUCCCAUUUUAAUUUUUUAUCCUAUUCAAUGGCUAUGUUUGUUUAUUCCCAUUUGAAUUUUUGAUCCUCUUCGAAGGCAUAUGCAUUUUCUAUGCAUGUCAAACAGGGAAUGCACUGUUUGCCUUGAUUAUAUAUUCUGAAAGGAGAAAAAUAAGGUGGAGGGAGUAAACUAUGAACUGACAUUUUUGUAUAUCAGCUGGAAGUUUCAUCUGUUGUCUUCUAAGUAUUCAAAAUAUGGUAUUUUGUAAGAAUUGACACACCACUCCCCAGCUACCACCAGCCACCCCCUCCCCCCUUUUUUCCUUUUAUGCGUGUAUGUUUCAGGUUGAUGGCAGUCAAAUAUUUGCCAAGCUAAAUUUCAAUUCUUCAUGUGCAACAGUGAAAGAUAUGAAUGCAUUCAAGGCUUUCAAAGCCCAAGUCCCAAUUGCAUGGAGUCCUAACUUAUACAUAACAUUGGUGAGGGGCAUUCCAGGAACCAGGAGACUCCACAGACGUACCUUAGAGGCAUUGCGUCUUCGCAAAUGCAACCGUACUGUUAUGCGAUGGAAUACUCCCACUGUUAGGGGAAUGCUCCAACAGGUGAAGAGGUUAGUUGUGAUUGAGACAGAAGAGAUGUACAAGGCCCGCAAACAAAAUGACGCAAAUCAUCGAGCUCUACGUCCUCCAUUGGUCAUUAACCACUCACCUGCGCAUGCAAGCAAUUCUUCCUAGAGCAUGCAUCUGUUUUAUAUAGUUCUUUAGAGGUCAGCUCUCUGUUUGUUUAGUGUGCAUCUGUUGCUUAUGGGAUCUGUUUUUUGGCAGUGUAUUAUCUGAAGUAGGGCUGAUUUAAUGAACUGAAUUCUUAGUUCAGUUUACAUGAUGGAUAUACUUAUGUAUCUAACUUUUUGGUCUGGUCAUUCCAAAUGUAUUUUGGAAGUUCUCAAGUAGGAGUAUUACAAUGGUAUGUUUUGAUAACCAAUUCGUACUGUUAUACAAAGUGAAAUUUGUUUUGA